AAUCACUUUCAAUCCCUCCUGUCUCUCCUCUUGAUUCUUCUCCUGCAACAAGCCCUGACUCACCUCCCCGACCCCAUAGAAACAUGGCACCAAAGAAGGUUGAACCCAAAAAGCCAGAGCCUAAAAAACCAGAGCCCAAGAAAGAAGCAACUCCACCUGCUACAAAACCCGCACCAGUCCCCGAGCCUGAGCCCGAACCCCCUAAAGAACCGGAUUUUGCCGAAAGCAUCACCAUUGAGUACACUCCGGACCAGAUAGAGGAGUUCAAAGAGGCUUUUACUUUGUUUGACCGCACACCAACGGGGGAGAUGAAAAUCACCUUUGGACAGUGCGGGGACGUGAUGAGAGCUUUGGGACAGAACCCAACCAACGCGGAUGUGCUCAAAGUGCUGGGGAAGCCAAGGCCAGAAGAUAUGAGCACAAAAAUGGUGGACUUUGAGACCUUCUUGCCCAUGCUCCAGCACAUCUCCAGAGCGAAAGAUCAGGGGAAUUUUGAGGAUUUUGUAGAGGGGCUAAGGGUUUUUGACAAGGAGGGCAAUGGAACCAUCAUGGGAGCGGAGUUGAGGCAUGUCCUGGCGACGCUGGGAGAGAGGAUGACAGAGGACGAGGUGGACAGGCUGAUGGCGGGACAGGAGGACGCAAACGGGUGCAUUAACUACGCCUCUUUUGUUAAGCAUAUUCUCUCUGGUUAGAUGGGAAACAGAGCCACUGGACUUAACCACUUGGAUGGCAUCGGAUGGGUUUGGAGAAGGGAAAAUUGGGACUGAAAUUAUAUAGCUAUCACGAAAUCAAAAACGCACCAGGCAAAACAAAAUAAACAAUAAAUACUUUGGGAAAA